GCGAUGGCAUUGGCGAUGCAUGCUGGAACGAUAAUGACAACGAUACAGUUAUUAAUACCUACGAUAACUGUCCAAAUAACAGUUUAGUAUGGGCAACGGAUUUCCGUAAAUACUUUACAGUCGCUCUCGAUCCUUACGGUACAGCGCAACAAGAUCCCGCAUGGAGAAUUCAUCAUCAAGGUGCUGAGAUUCAACAGCUUCUUAACAGCGAUCCUGGAAUCGCGAUAGGACCGGACGUGCUAAUUAACGCUGACUUCGAAGGAACUUUCUACAUCGAUAACCAUGAUGACGACGAUGAUUUUGCGGGCUUUGUCUUUUCCUACCAGGAUAAUAGACAUUUUUACGUUAUUUACUGGAAGAGGAUGGCACAGGUUUACUGGGAACCAUCCCCAUUCCGCGCUGAAGCGGACCCCGGGUUUGUAAUGAAGCUCGUUCAGUCCGAAACUGGACCGGGCGAGAUGCUCCGAAACAGUCUCUGGCACAAGGAAGACACGCCCAAUCAGGUGAGGGUCUUGUGGAGGGAACCGGGGAUCAGUUGGCAGCCAAGAGUGUCAUACAGGUGGCAUCUGUUGCACAGACCUAAGAUCGGCCUGAUCAGAUUCUGGCUGUAUCAAGGCACACAGCAGGUAAUCGACUCUGGGAACGUAUUCGAUUCGACUCUGCAAGGUGGUAAACUGGGUGUCUACUGCUUCUCGCAAGAGAUGAUCACCUGGUCAGAUUUACUGUAUAAGUGCACAGAUACCGUGCCUCAAAUUGUGUGGGAUCAGCUACCUGAUAAUCUAAAGAGAGAAGUUGAGGUGGAGAUUUCUACCAAGUAUCAACAACAAGUAAUACAACGCAGAAUGAAUUACGAUUUUUAAAAAGGCUCUCGAUGAUUUAUUUUGUCGUAACAAUGGGUAAAAAUAAAUGCGUGGAUUGAAUCUAAAUCUCUGUAAUUUUAAUUUUUAAAUAAUCGAGGAGCCACGAACGAAUAAUAAUACUAUAAUAAAACGUCAAAAUAACGCAUU